CGUUCGCGCCGCUGCGUCAUGUUAUCGGGGGAAACGCUUUAAAUCACCGUCGCUUCUCGGCCGGGAGAAGAUUGACCACAAGGUGUUUAAAAAGCCGCCAGCAACAACGCAUACCUCGAUCUUUUCAUUCGUAAACUUUUAAUUCGUAAUGUCACAGGUCGGCAAAGUAGCUGACCUAAACCGGUUUUGAUUUUUUUCCCCAUUGGUUUGAAGGCCAAAGCGGCUGCCAUGGAUUUUUAAGGCAUAAUGCGGCACCUCUAAUGCAACGGCAAUGCAUAGUGCAAGGCAAAAUCAACUGCGAAAUUCCAUCUUCGCAACUGCUAAGCAGUUGGGCUCAAAUACCGUCCGCGGUAUACCUGCGAGCCAGCCGGUACCACUGCUCCUGGACCGGAGGAAGCUAACGCUAGCUAGCUAGCUCGCUUAGCUAAUAUCAAUUGAAAGAGUGAUUCAUCAAUUCAUCUCAACGUCGUCAACACACUUUGUUAAAAUGAAGCCUCAACACAUUACCACCGGGAAGACCAGCCUGUGGAUCUUCGGGUACGGGUCACUGGUGUGGAAGCCUGACUUCAAGUACAGGAGGAGCCAGGUCGGUUACAUUCAAGGCUACAAGAGACGGUUCUGGCACGGAGACAACUUCCAUCGCGGGAAUGACGUGUUGCCCGGAAGAGUAGUGACGCUGAUUGAAGACGAUGACGCGAGCACUUGGGGUGUGGCGUUCGAGGUGACAGGUUCUCAAGUCGAAGAGUCCCUGAAGUACCUCAACGUGCGUGAGACGGUCUGUGGCGGCUACAUCACCAAAAUGGUAGAUUUCUUCCCCGAGGGGGAGAACCAGCUGCCGGUUCAGGCUCUGGUGUAUAUCGCCACCUCAGACAACGCCCUGUACCUGGGGCCGGCCAGCCCAGAGAUGAUUGGCAUCCAGAUUGCUGUGUGCAGAGGGAAGACGGGCCACAACCUGGAGUAUCUGCUCCGGCUCGCUGAGUUCAUGAGGAGCAGCUGCCCGCACGUGGAAGACCAUCACCUGUUCUCCAUCGAGAAGGCUGCACUGUCUAUGGCGUCCUAUCUGUUGGCAGCCCAGUAGCUCGUACCCGUUGUCCUACUAUCUUAUAUAGUAGAUUAAUACAUUACACACACACACACACACACACACACACACACGGCUUUUCACCUCUCACGCCAGUCCACCUAUGUUUUUAUAUUGAAUAAGCUAGCGUCACCCUACCAUCCAGUGUACUUGAAUACUGUUAAAGUGAUAACAAAGGGAAGCAUGAUUUUAAAGUUGUUUUUUUUUUUUUUU